GAUUUUCUUGCCUCUCCCUCUCUAUUCCUCCUCCCUUUCUCACUCCUACACCAAUAUUCUCUUUCGUCUCAUCGAGCCUCAUCCGUUACGCGCGACAAGAUACACGUGUUCAGCACCCUCGGCCGGCAUGGUACACACGAGCUACGCCCAAUGGGCCUGCUUGCCCAGCACCUACCGCAACAAGGUGAAUCCAGGAAGUAAAGCGGCUCAACAGGGAGUGAGAGAGGGCGACCUGAUUAGCAGCAUCAACGGCAGGAGUACGCGUGAAUUAACGAACGGCGAAGCUCAUGGGCUGCUGCGCAACGCAGGCGACCACCUCAAAUUAGGAUUGAAUCAAGACAACGGUUCGCCGAAAAGAAGAAUUUACAAAAGCAGUCUUCAGGAAAAUACUUCGAUCGAUACGAUUAAAAAAAUCACGACAAAAACUACAACUAAUAGACAUAUUAUUUCUACGGAAACAAGAAAAAGUGAAACGGGUGAGCAGAGUUUUAUUAUCUAA